AUGUUUCGUCUCAAGAAGACGCCUGCCAGAGAGCCUCGCCAAGCUUUUGGCUACGACCGUGAUGCCGUCGUCUCACUCGUGAAGGGCCACUACCGCCUGCUCGUGGACAUGGGCCAUCUGCACCCGGAGGCCCUUCAGGCGCCACCCGAGACGGGAUGGACCGAUGAGGAGCUUAACGUCGACGCGCUGCGGACCCUGGGACGCUCCGACAAGGUCAUUGACCUUUUACGACAUCUUCCGUAUCCGAGAGCGGGACCCCCCGGUAGUGACGAAGCGGGCGACGACGCGGCAGUCUACUAUGAGACGAAGGUUCUGUCCUACCUCAGGAACAAGUGGCAGCCCGAAAAGGACCCAGAUCCAAAUUGGCAUAAACGGCCGUUUGCCAUGCUUGGGUUAGCGCCUUUUGACAAGCCCUUGCCGCCGCAUAUGGUAUCCUUGACAUAUGACGAAGCAGCCAUCGGAGUGAUUUGGCUCAUCGAUACAGAAAAAGGAUGUGUGUAUCCUCAGGGCGACGAUUACUACCAUUAUGAUGAUGAUGAGACCGAAAAAGACGCGCCAUGGCUCGCCGCAAAGGCGGUUUCAUUCAAGACCUUCUUCGACAAGAUGAACAAGGACAUCUCAAAUCUGAAGCUGGUCCCAGCACCUGCGGCGGGAAACUUUGGGGCUGCUAUUCGAAAAGUGAAUGACCCGGAUGCCAAGGCAAUGAAGAGGUUGUACCGUGAGUACGGUUGGCCAGACGCCUUCAGGAAAGAUGAGUUUCUCAGGGCUGCCUUGCCUGCUCGCGCGGCCAUCUUGGACGACGAGUACGACUGGUCAGACGCGUGA